AUGCUUGCCUACAAAGGCACGGGGCUCCUAGGUACUAUGUGUGGUACAUUCCGGUCAAAGGUCCACUGGGCCUAUGUACAAGAUGGCACGCCCUGUACAUGCAGACACAACUUUGACCGGAUCUUGCGAAGUAUCAGUCAAUUGAGUUCCGAAAUCCCCGAUUCAAACCAAACCAACAAUACCUCCUCUUCGUAUAUCAAGGACGACAUGAUGGAUAUUGUAGCCACAACUGGGCCCUAUGAUGGCAAGGGAAUCCCAGGUCCUGAUGAACUAGCUCCAUCAGCGCAGCUUCUCCUCGAUGACAAAAGUGCUAGUUAUCGCUCUCGGCUAAAAAUAGAGCAUUUUACUACUAUGAUGAGAAUGUUAAUGAGGGUCAAUCUGCUUGAGCCAACGUGGAGUCAGCAAAAACUUCAUUACGGCACUCUUGAGGAACCGACACCCCAACAAGAUGAGCUUGUGAAUAUACUCGCUGCGCAAUUUCAGCUCUCGGAGGGAUUCAUAGUACAAAAAUCCCUUUCUCGAGCCUUUGAUAUUUUGGUAAGAUUCUCCUCGAUUCAGAAGUAUCAAAUGAAGUCUGACUCAACCAUUCGAUUCCAGCCAAAUUUCGAGCUACAUUUCCAUCAACUAUGGGCACUCAUCUUCCAACCUCCCAUCCCAGAGACCAGUUCACUAUCAAGAGCAGAAUCACAUCCAGACUCCACAAUACGUGAUAUUCUGCGUGCUGUCUCAUUUUUUGUGCCUCCCGUCACCGAAUUUCACGGAAAACCUGAACUCCAUCGGGAUAUUAGGCCCGUCUCGUUUGAAGAAACAUACCAAUCGUCAAUGCGAGAUUCAAAUAAUGCUUUGGCUCUCCCCCAAAUCAUCAAGGGUCUUACGGAGAAAAGUACUGACCAUCGGCCUCACCUUGUUCUUUUCCUCGGGGACAAAGCUCAGAGCCAUAGCUACAUCCCGGGUAUCAUGGGUGCUCUUUACGCCGCGGCCCCAAAGAGAGAGGGAAAUGGAGAACAAGAUGUGUCCGAGAUGGCUAAGAAUUUUGAACCCGUCCCUUUGCAACUUCUUUUCCAGCUUCAACCUAAUACUAGAAUGUUCAGGUUGAAAGAAGGGAAUUCAGUUCCUCGGUCUUUACCAAAAGAAAUGGCACAGAGCCAUGCUCAGGAUACUGCCGCUAAAUACUGGAUGGGGGAUCAUCAGGAGUCAGAAGUUGGUUUACAGAUUGAUCCGACCAGAAACCGAGUGGCCUUCGUGUUGAAUGAUCAUGGUGCCAAUCAGAGUGAGUUUACGUACAAUGAUGUUCUUCAGGGCAAAGGGCGGAGUGAAACCUUGGGCCAGAAUCAGGGCGAAGUCAUUAGGGAAAGCUUCACGGUUUCUCAGGUUGUUGUCUAUAGAGUGGACGGUGGCGACAAGUUUGAACCUCGGUGCUAA